UUUAAUAUCCUAAUACAAUAAAUCUACUAGUACUAAUACUACUCAUAUUCAAUAAACUAAAACAUAUCAAAUAAACAAAACAAAUUAUUUUUGUCAAAGCAAACAGACAACAUAAUAUAAAUGAAAAGCUAAAACAAUGAAUAAACAUUCAUAGUGACACGAAUAUACAAAAAUAAUAAAUAAAAAAACAAAUAUUAAAAAUGGACCAACUGACGAAAUAUCUAGUGUAUAAUAAAACGCCAAAAUGUCGGAAUGAAAUGGACUAUGAAGCAAUCAAGGCGCAGAAAAAAGAAGAAAAUGAGAAAAAGGAUGGAAUAGUGGACAAGAGAUUGAGACUUCUCUCGCCGGACCGUGAAAUAGAUCAUGAGGAGCGCGUUCUGUACGCGAGGAACAAGUUAUUGAAUGGGGCGAGACCAGCUGUGGUCGGUGGAAAGCCGAUAACUGAAGAGUUGGCGACCGAACUUCGGGUAACCUGCUUCAGCUCAGCCUCUUGUCCUCCACGUGGCGAAUGGAUCCGCACUCCAUUGGUGAUGAGGCCUCCUGAUCAGCCACUUGGUUAUGGACUGGCUGCUCCGAGGAAUGGAGCUAGAUCUCUGCUAUCAGCUCUCCAAGCUCAUGUAAUCAAGUGGCUGCUGUUCGAUUCGAGGCCACAGACUAAAGACAAUAAGUGCGAUGUCCCUCCAGACACAUACCUUCGACCAUCGGAAGAGCGUCAGGAGGAAGCCCUGUGGCGUGCUUGCAGCGAAGUGAUCUGGCGCUGUGGUGGUGGAAACUCGGGGCAGGCUGGAGUGGAACCCAAGGCAUUGGUGGCUUUACCAACUGACCACUGUUAUGUGCAGCAUAGCUCUCAUUAUUACCAGGAUGGAGUCACUGAGAAGCUGCAUAUUUUCGAAUUCACUACUUUGGAGGAUCUUCAAAUAUUUUUGAAACGGUAUUUAUAUUUGUUUCAAACUGAGGACGGUGUUGGAGCAUUGCUGUUGCUCUAUGCUUGUGUUUUGUCGAGAGGAUGUGAUAAUGUAAAGAAAGACCUGGACGGUAAGAUCACCCACCUGGUGUCCGCUCACGUGGAAGGGUCUAUCAAUGUGGUGACGCUGCUCCUCACUGGGCGAGCCACUCCGUAUCUUCACAAUGGCGUCCUGUAUGUCGGUGACGAAGAUCAUUACGCAAUGCCUCAAUUCGGUAUACUGUCCCGCAGUCCAGUCGGUCUUUUAGUAUGGUAUGGAGGAGAAGAAAACUCCAAGAACAAUAUCAAUAAGCAGUAUCCUGGAUCCAGGUUGAAAACUCCAGCUCUACCUAUAUGGGUUACCAGUUGCUCUGGGCACUACGGAGUUCUGUUCAACACCAAUCGCGAACUGCUUAGAAACUAUCAUGCUGAACGAAGGUUCGAUAUUCACUACUACACGUGUGGCGGUUGCAACGUUCUGCUUAAUGUGGACACUCGAGCUCAUGAUGACGCGGUUGGGACAUUACGAACUGAUGACAUCAGCGCUACACCGCUUGAGAAAUUGAUACAUACAAAGUGGCAAGAUGCAAAAAUAACUUGGACUGGGACUACACCAUACGUGGGAGAGCCAGCAAAAUAAAAUAAUCUGCACAAACUUUAGAUUUUUUUUUUUAAACUAUGUAUAACUACUACACCGUUAUUUUCUCCUGUAUUGUGGGAGCAUUUACAAACAUAAAAGUUCACAUACACAUGACUGUCGUUGCUGUAGGGGUUUAGGAAAAUCUUAAUGCUCUUUUACACUCCUUAAGGGACAUAGAAGCCAAGUUUCAGCUUCCUAGAUCUAGUAAUGAAAAAAGUGCGUUGUCAGUCAGUCAAUCAUUCAGUAAUGAAAAAGUUUUAUAUAUACAGAACAUUUGGGAAGUCAAAAAAAGCCUGUAUUUCAGUUAUAAGAUUUUAAUUUUUUGACUUAAUAUCCCAUAUCCCAUAAGGGGCCGAGGGCGUGCACUGAUAUUCUCCAUCGCAAUCUGUCUUGAGCUUCACGCUUCACCUCGCUCCACGUCAUACCGAUGCUCAUUGCUUCUGCCAGUACGGUGCGGCACCAGGUUCGCCGAGAACGGCCACGCUUUCUUUUCCCUUGGUCCAUAUAGUCUU